AUGGCGUUUAUGAAAAAGCCCUAUUCCGGGCUCACCGGAGGAUGGCUUACCUUCUGGAUCACGAUAGCUUGUGCUACUGAAAUGAUGCUAUUUGGAUACGACCAAGGUGUCUUCAGUGGCGUGAUAGUAACACCAGACUUCUUGCAGGUCCACAACUUAGUCGGUCCUUCUAGAACAAAGGUUCUUUCCACUGUUUCUGCUAUCUAUGAUUUUGCCUCAGAUAUACUAGGUCUCGGAAACGGAAUCAACACGGCAACGGCUCCCAUUUGGCAAACGGAAACUGCACAGUCUAAAUGGAGAGGUAGGCUAGUCAUCCUCGAUCUUGGGCUCAAUGUUGGUGGAUACUGUGUUGUCAACUGGAUAAACUAUGGUCUUUCAUUCCAUGAAGGUGCCAUUGCAUGGCGAUUACCGAUCGCGCUACAACUUUUCUUCGUCGUUUUCCUGCUUGUCACUGUCCCCUGGCUACCAGGGUCUCCGAGGUGCGAUGAAAUAUUCUUUUUACUCAGUACUGAACAUGAAUCUGACUGUGACUAG